ACAGUCAUUUUUCUAGCGUGACGGCAUCCCAGGAAAAUAGGCAAGCACUCUGAUUGGCUGCCCGCGACAUCGCUGCGCACCACGGAAUUUUGAGAUCAGAGACAAGGCAAGGCGAACUUUUGAUAUAAAGCCACCACAACCCCUCUCUCUUGCAUUAAAACGAUCUCAUAAUUUCAAGGAAUUUUGAGACGUCACGAUGAGACCAACUUUACUCCAAGGACAUGAGCGGGCUCUGACCCAAAUCAAAUACAAUAGAGAUGGCGAUAUUAUCUUCUCGACUGCGAAAGAUCAACACAUCUGCGCAUGGUUCGCACACAACGGAGAACGACUCGGCACAUACCAUGGCCACCAAGGUGCGCUCUGGACGGUCGACGUCGAUCCUACCAGCACGAUAAUCGCGAGCGGCGCUGCAGAUAACACUGUCCGGUUAUGGGAUAUCAGAUCUGGAAAAUGCUUGAAGGUUUGGGAUUUCAAUACCGCCGUGAAGAGAGUCGAGUUCAACGAGGAUGGAACACAACUGUUGGCUGUCACCGAAAAGCGAAUGGGUUUCUUGGGCACGAUUGUUGUUCUGGACAUCAACUUGGAUGUAGAGGCAGAGCAAUCCGAUGAGAAGGCCAUGACGAUUACUUGUGAGGAUGCCAAAGCUACUGUCGCUGGAUGGAGCUACAUGUCAAAAUACAUCAUUGCAGGCCAUGAGGACGGUACAAUAUCGCAGUACGACGCGAAGACUGGAGAACAACUUGAUAAUACUCAGGUACAUGAGGUCGAUACUGUCAUCACAGAUUUGCAGUGGUCUUCUGACCGUACAUACUUCAUCACGGCUGGAAAGGACAAGACUGCGAAGCUGGUAAAUGCUCGGGACCUCGAAGUCAUGAAGACAUACGUUGCCGAUACCCCCUUGAACAGCGCCUCCAUCACUCCAAAGAAGGACUUUGUGAUUCUUGGUGGUGGGCAAGCGGCUAUGGAUGUGACAACUACCAGCACUCGACAAGGAAAGUUCGAAGCCAGAUUCUACCACAAGAUCUUUGAGGAGGAGAUUGGUAGAGUUAGAGGUCACUUUGGUCCUCUGAACACCGUUGCUGUAGACCCAACUGGAAAGGGCUAUGCCAGUGGAGGAGAGGAUGGAUAUGUUCGAGUACACCAGUUUGACAAGGCUUACUUUGAUUUUACAUACGAGGUUGAGAGACAGGCUAAAGCCCAAGGACAAAUGUAGAGGGUUGUCUUUUUGCAGGUGCAUUUGCGGGCGUUGCGGAUUAUCGGAAAAGGCUGGUGGCUUUGGCAAUAAAUCAGCCCUGAUCUAGAUCAAUGCAACAUGUCUUCAACCAAGAAAGUU